UGCCCUGUUCUGGAAUCCCUGGCAGGUGAAAGGAGCUGGACUUGGCCCUGUUGCCAAGACAUCCGUUCCUGGCCUGUGUAAAUGAUUAAUUCGGUGACUAAUGAUGGGAAAGGAGGAGAUGAUUGGUUGCAGAGGGGAAGCUGGAGGCACCUGCUCUGGAGAGAAGAUGGUGCGUGCCCCAAACUGCUCCUUCCCCAGCAAUCGAUUCCCUUUGUCAUCGGAGAUCUUUCCAGUCAUCAAGGCCCAGAUCUGGAUCUUCUUGGUCCCAGUGGCCCUGGGGCUUGUGCAGGUUGGCCUCUUCUUGGAGCAGACAGGCUUCUUCUUGCGUCAUGGCAACAGUUCUCACCGUACCAGCCUCUCACUCUGGAUCCUGGGGGUCUAUCCGGUGUUCAGCCUGACUUGCCUCAUCAGUCUGUACAUUCCUCGAGCUUCCUUCGUCUGCACCUUUGUGGCCUCCAUGUACCACUCCAUCACCCUUUGGAAAUUUCUUGCGCUGAUACGAGAUUUCUUUGGUGGUUCAGACCGAAUGCUCCAGCAGCUGGAGGGGCAACGUGUUUCUCCAAACCCUUUCCCUUGCUGCUGCUGCUGCUGUCUUCCAGAGAUUGCUGCCAACAGAACAAACCUGCGCUGUAUGACUCUGGCUGUGUACCAGCUUUCUCUCAUCCGGACCAUCCUCUUUUUUGUCACCCUUAUCCUCUGGACUGAUGAGGAAUAUGACUAUGGGGAUGUAGGCUACACCAACCCCAACUCCUACAUCAAUGCCAUUAUAGGCAUCUCCACUUUCCUCUCCUUCUAUGGUUAUUUGCUCUUCUACAAGGCCACCAAGCCAGCGCUCUCUGGCUACAGCUUGCGCUCCAAAUUCGUCUGCAUCAUCUUGGUUCUCGUCCUUUGUGGUCUGCAGAGUGGGAUCCUGGAGACCAUGGGAGCAGUGGGUGCCAUCCCCUGCAAACCGCCCCUCUCACCUGAGACCCGCUCCCAGAUGAUCUACUACUACUCGUUGGCUGCUGAGAUGUUCUUUAUUGGCAUAUUUGCCCAUUACUCUUUCCGAAGAACUGAACCACAACCGGGCACCCAGCAAGACAUUCGCCACCGAGCUUCUCAGACUGAGAGGUCCCCAUCUGGCCCAUGCAGCCUUGGAGAUGACAUAUCUGUGGAGGGAGCAAACCCUGGCUAUGUCUGUGAUGAGUCUUUAUGUACCAUUGAACAUUCCCCUUUGGAUCGGUUUGAUUUUAGUAUCGGGGGACCUGUGGACAGAGGGCAGGGGGGCUGGGGGCUGGGCAGCCUGAAGAAGGGAACACGAAGGGCAGAUAGGCCUAGGACAAGCUUGUCUGGUCAAAGACCUGGAACUGAGCCACCCUCAACAGGAAUCCAAAUCCAAGCUCAGGUUGCCAAAGCAGAUGCUGAUGGAAUCACUGUUGUGUAAUCCACAAUCUCCCUCCCCCAGGGAGAACAUCUGUUCCCCAGGGCCUAAAUGACCUACGGAACAGAUCACCACUUAAUGAAAUGGAUAGCAAUCUGAACUCCAUGCUGGGGUGAGAAGAGUUUACCUUGAACAAUGGCAUCAUGGGGCAUUUCAGUCAAUCUCUAGCAGUACUGACUGCACGAUUCAAGAGGAAUAUUGCUCAACAGUCCUAAGGUCAGAAUAAUAACAUAGGAAAAACACACAAUGAGUAGGAGAGGUUGAGAAACAGGAUGCAUCCAUAAAAAAUGAUUAUUAAUCUCUACAGAA